AUGCUUGCCGCAGACAGAUAUUCAAAAGGUGCAGCUUAUUCUGAUUUACCAUUCCACUUAAAUAUCAUUACAAGCUUUGCAUACGGACCGAAUUACAAAAGGCCAGGUUUCUUCACAGCAGAUUCCACGUUUUACCAUGGAGUUAACUUGGCUUAUCCUUUAAUGCCAGAUUUUCUUUCCGCAGCACUAAUUACAACAGGUGAUGCAUCUCUACAACAAUCCUUAUUCAUACCAUCCCUUCUAAUGAUGUAUUCAGUCCUUCUUUCUUUAUAUACCUUAUCUACUUACUACACAAACGAAAGUAUCAUUGGAUGCUUAUCAAUAUUGAUAUUCAUAUGUCUCGGAGGCCUCGGAUUCAUCAUGUAUACUGAUCCAACGUGGAAAGCUCCAGAAGAUGAAAUAGUCGACAUGGUUCAUAAUUGGCCGAAUGCAAUAGACGGUUAUUGGUUCCAUUCCAUAAUGCAUUACCUUAUUCCUCAGCGCUCAGCACUUUUCGGAGUCCCUCUUUGCUACUGGACAAUUUUAUUGUUGAUUUUUGGUGUCAAAAAUGAAUCGUAUAAAUUCAUGUUUAUUGCAGCGAUUCUCACGGGUUUAACUCCUCAAGUACAAGCACACGCAUACAUGAGCAUGGCGCAGUGGUCAAUUGCUUAUUGCAUUACGACAUUCCCUUAUUUGAAACCAAAGAAAUAUUUGAAGUUUUUCCUUUUGUGGUCACUUUUUGGUUUAUUGGCGAAUGCUAUUGCUUUACCACAGAUUCCACCUUUUAUUUCGAGAAUCAAGAAUACGAACAAGUCAUUCAUGGCAUUCGAUCCGAUCUGGCAAAAUUUCGGAGAUGGAUUUCGUGGAUUUUUCAGAAAUUGGUGGCUAAGUUUGGGAACUUUUGGUUUUUGUGCUUUGAUUGGAGGUUUUGCGACAGCUACUGUCGAACAGAUCAUUAUUUAUAUACCUUCUUUAGUUGUAUUUUUCGUUUCCAAUAUAAUCAAAUACCAAGAAUGGGACCAUGACAACAUAAAAGUGUUUUACAACGGAUGGAUUCCUAUUGCUGUUCCUUUUGCCGCACAAUACAUUUACAGCUUUUUCGUGAAAGCAAAGAAAGGUGAGAAAGCGAAAUUGAACAUGUUUAUCUUCUUUGCUUUGUUAGUUUCUUCAUUGGCGAGUGGAGCUUUCUGCUUCUUUGUUUAUCUCGCUUCUCCUUCUGAAAUAUAUACAGAACAACAAGUUAAAUUUGGAAAGUGGAUUACUGAAAACACAGGUCCUUACGACUACUUUAUUGGCGACCAAUCAACAGAGCAGCCAGUUGCAUCUAUUGGCGGACGACCAAUUGUUGUUGGAUACCCAGGAUGGAUUGCUUCUCAUGGUUUGGAUUUGCAUACAAGGGAUUUUUUAGUUGAUACCUUACUUUCGCAUCCUGAAGAUGCAUCUGCUUUCGAUAAAGAAGGCAUUAAAUACAUUUAUAUGAGUGGAACAAGUAAGGUUCCUUUUGAACCUGACGUUGAUUCCGAUGUUUGGCAAAUUGUUUAUGAAGAUAUCAAUGUUACUUUGUAUAGAAGAAUAUAA